AUGGUAGACAGCAGAUGAAUUGGUAGGAAUCCAGCUUGUGUCAAUGAGUGGCUUGCAGCCUCUUCUCUUGGGUUCAGAAUGGAAAGAUCCACGAAGCGGCAGCGACGCGAUUCUCCGCAAAAGUCCACAGAAGCCGCAGAUGCCCCCAGGUCAAUCCUACGUCAGUCAGCCAGGAUUCAGAAAAGCCAGGAGGCUCAGCCUAAAGCCUCACUACGCGAGGAAUCCUCACUUGCCACUGUGUCAACGCCCGAUAUUCUCGAUGCCGGAGCUUGGGAAGCCCUCAAAGCCCAAGCACAGGAAAUUCUCUCCAAGUAUUCGCCUUCAAAGGGCAGUACAGAUGCUAAAUUGAUCACCACUUACCAGGCGCUGUUGGAGUUCUUGCCAGAAGGCGGCCGUGAAGCCAUCGCCCGGGACGUUGUCAAGGCACAAGGGAGCGACCAGCUGUUUGAUGCGUUCAAAAAUGUUGUCACCUGUCUCCUCACGCCAAUGAGAGCAGCAGGAGGUAAAACUCCUACCAUGUCAUCCCCAUUUUCAGAAAAUCAAGAGGGCGAGUUGACUGAGCGUGCAAAAUUGACGAAGCCACAAGUGCGCAGCCAGCAGUUUAUUGAUGGUUGUUUUGCCCGCGAUGACAAGAAGUGUGUUGCUUCGCAAUUCCUUGAUGAAGAGGAAUGGGAAAAGCGAGGUGAGCCCAGCGAUGCCGUAUAUGGGCGGCUUGAGGCUGCUCAUAUCAUACCUUUCAGCUUCGGAAUGUUUGAGAAGUCUACGGCUUCCAGAGACAGAGCAUCCUCGAUGUGGGCUAUGAUACAUCGCUGUUUCCCAUCAACCCAUCAAACCCUACGAUCCACCACAAUUGAUAACCUAGAAAAUGGUAUUCUGCUUCAUAAAACCAUUCAUGAUGAUUUCGGCCGUUUUCAGUGCGCUUUCCGUCCCACAGACACACCUAAUACGUAUGUGUUUGUGCACUACAAGAGGUUUUCCAUCGAGAUGAAGCCAUUCGCCCCCGACGGCGUAGAGAUCACCUUCAAGAAGGCUCCCGGCUGCGAGGACCUGCCAUUGCCUUGCAGGGAAUACAUCGAUUGCCACUAUCGGUUGGCCGAGGUCUUUCAUGCCUCAGGCAUGGGAGAGGAAAUUGACCGGCAUUUACGCCGCUGGGAAGAGAUGAAGCAGGAGGCAGAUGAGUUUUACUUGGCUGAAGACGGGAGUUCUGAUAUUGACUUUAUACUUCGUGUUGCCUUCUGGGAUGUCCACUGUUGAAAUGGUU